AUGUCUGGUGAGACCAAAAUCACCGCUGAUCCCAGCGAGACUGAGAAAAGCCCCGUCUAUGACGGCCAGGGCACCGAGGAAGAUCCGUUUGUGGUGGAAUAUCAGAAAGACGACCCUGGAAACCCGAUGAACUGGGGCUCCUUUCGAAAGUGGUUCAUCACCGUCAUUGCGACCAUCUCGGUCUUUGCCGUCACUUUGACCUCCUCUGCGUAUUCCGUCUCUGCCGACCAGAUCCUGGAAGACUUCCCUGUCAGCGAUGAGGUCUUUACCCUCGGUCUCUCGCUCUUUGUUCUGGGAUUUGCCAUUGGUCCUGCUGUCUGGGGUCCCUUAUCCGAACUAUAUGGAAGACGAAUGCUGUGGGUGAUCACUCACGUUGCCAUGGUAGCCUUCCUCGGGGGAUCUGCCGGCACAUCUCCCCUGGUGAAUUCUGGCGGCACGAUCACCGAUCUCUUCUUACCCGCCCAGCGCGGCCUCGCCGUCACCGUCUACGCCGUUGCCCCCUUCCUGGGCCCCGUCCUGGGCCCGGUGAUGGGGGGGUUCAUCUCCGAGAACAUCGGCUGGAGAUGGGUGCAGGGCAUGUGUACCAUCUUCAUCGGCGUCGUGGGGAUCCUGGGGAUCAUCUUCAUUCCUGAGACCUACGGCCCCGUUCUGCUGCAGCAACGAGCGCGCCAUCUGUCCAAGACGCACGGAAAGGUGUAUAUCAGUGUCUUGGAGAAGAACCAGGGCAAGAUGAAGCCAUCGGAGGUGUUUGCGCGCGCCCUGAUCCGGCCCUGGAUUUUUCUCUUCCUCGAACCGACUGUCAUGGUCGCCGCCGUCUACAUGGCCAUCAUCUAUGGCACGGUCUACAUGUUCAUGAGCGCGAUGCCAAUCGUUUACAAUGAAGAUCGCGGCUGGAGCGAGGGCAUCGGCGGCCUCUCGUUUCUCGGCAUCACCGUGGGACUCGUCUUUGGUCUGGUCUACGCCAUCUGGGACAACAACGGCCGGUAUAUGAAAUUGGUCUUGUCGAAAGCCACGACGCCCGAAUCUCGCCUUCCACCCGCCAUUGUGGGCGCGGUGGCCCUGCCCAUCGGGAUGUUUGCCUUUGCCUGGACCAACUAUCCCAGUAUUCACUGGUCGGUCAGCAUCAUCCUGUCUGCCCCCUUUGGAUUUGGCUGCGUGCUCGUUCUGCUGCCCAUCAUGAACUACCUGAUCGACGCCUACACCAUCUACGCUGCCUCUGUGCUGGCCGCGGCCGCCAUCUUCCGCUGUAUCGUCGGCGCCGUAUUCCCUCUCUUCAACACGCAAAUGUACGACAACUUGGGGAUCCACUGGGCGUCCAGUAUUCCGGCCUUUAUGACCCUGGUGUGCAUGCCGUUUCCACUCAUCAUGCAUCGCUAUGGCAAGCAGGUCCGCAUGAAGUGCAAAUAUUCCUUCGAGGCGGCGGAAACCAUGAGGAAGAUGCAGCAGGCCACUCAAGCAUAG